AACGCCGGAGUGAUUGAAAUAGGAGUUGAUGGGGAUACCAAGGCGUCACCAAGCAGUGAUCUGGCGCUGGGGGAGCUCAGCCCAGUGGUGGGCGAGGAAAGCCGGUGGCAGAAGCAAGUCGAUAGCUUGACGGCAGCCCUGGGAGAGAAGGACGAGCGGAUAGAGUCGUUGCAGAGACAGCUGAAGGAGCAGGAAGAGACCGAUAAGGCACGAUGGGAGGAGAUAGCAGCGCUGAGAGCGGAAGUGGAAAGCAGCAAGAGUGCACUCAGGAAGGUUACCAGUAGGUGA